AUGUCGCUCAAUGCAAACGACCACGAGGCCACUUCUGCGGCAUGUGACAUCGCUAAGGAGAUAGAUGAGCUGAAAGAAUUGAAGAAGCGUACGUGGACCACUGGAAAAGAUGCUGUAAGUGACAUCAAGGCGUACGCGUUGAGUCGCGGCAAUUGUACAAGUGUGAGUAAGAUGAGAGGCGGCACGUUCAAGCGUAUGGAGUGCUCUAGUGGAGAAAAAUGUACCUGGUUCAUCGAGCUAUCUGUCGCAAACCGCAAACCUAGAGGUAAUUACUGGCAUGUAACAACUGGAAAUCUGGCCCACAUUAAGUGCACAGGGACAGCAAAACCUUCAGCGCAACAACUUGCGCAGACGUCAGUGCUAUCAUUUCCGACCCCAACAUAUCAGCUUCAGCAAUGA